AUGUAUAACGCACACCGCGGGAUGGUGCCUGCACCAAAUAACCGCUUGAACGAGCUCUUGGAGCAGUUGCGCCAAGAGUUCGAGAGCCAGUCUCGAAGCACUGGCGAGUUUGAACACCAAUUGACUGGUCAGAUUCAAGAGAUGGAAAUGAUCAGGCAAAAGGUCUAUCAGCUAGAGCAGGCGCAAAUAAAAAUAAAGACCGAAUACGAAAAUGAGAUUCGAGUCUUGCGCCACGAGCUCGAGUCGCGUGGCGUGCAGACUGUUCCAUCGCACAUUGGUGGCCCGACACACGCAGGCCCAUCGCAAGCGCCUCCAGCUCUAGGACAUGGUACAAACAACUUGUUUGGUGGUAUAAUGGCCAACCAAGGAGGCAGUGGUCCCGGUCUGGCGCCUCCACCUCCUCAGGACCAGCAACCACCCCAGCAUGGUCUUCAACAACCUGCCCCCGCCGCCCAACAAGGACCCCCUCAACCUCCGCAGAGCUCUUACGGAGGAUACCAGCCCGGUGCCGGUGUUAAUGGAUACGGACCUCCUCCCCCACCCACUGCGUCUCCAGGACCCGGCAAAGGCCGUGGCCGCGCUCCACCAGGUCCUGCUACUCCUCAACAAGCUCACCAGCUAAACUAUCCGGCCCCUGGCGCUUCUCCCCAAAUUCCUCGACCGACCCCAACAGGACCUAUCCGUGAGCGACCGGGUAACACCUUGGCCAAUUGGAACCCAGAUGAUCUUCCUGCUACUCAGAAACGGGAAGGUCCCGAUUGGUACGCAGUUUUCAACCCGGAAGUGCAGCGGGUUUUGGACGUUGAGCUCGUCCACCAUUUGGUGCACGACAGUGUUGUUUGCUGUGUGCGAUUCAGCCGGGAUGGCAAAUAUGUUGCUACAGGCUGCAACCGAUCCGCUCAGAUUUUCGACGUCGCGACUGGUCAGAACGUAGCUACUCUUCAGGAUGAGUCUGUUGACAAGGACGGCGAUCUCUAUAUUCGUAGCGUUUGCUUCAGCCCUGAUGGAAAGUACCUUGCUACGGGUGCCGAGGAUAAGCAGAUCAGGGUUUGGGAUAUUGCCACUCGUUCGAUUAAGCAUGUGUUCACGGGUCAUGAACAAGACAUCUACUCGCUCGACUUUGCAGGCAACGGCCGUUACAUCGCCUCUGGCAGUGGUGAUAAGACUGUGCGUCUCUGGGACGUUUUGGAGGGCAAGCUGGUUUAUACUCUCAGCAUCGAAGACGGCGUCACCACUGUUGCUAUGUCUCCAGAUGGCCACUAUGUAGCAGCUGGUUCUCUUGACAAGAGCGUUCGUGUCUGGGAUACAACUACUGGAUACCUCGUUGAGCGCCUAGAAAACCCCGAUGGUCACAAGGAUAGUGUCUAUUCCGUUGCAUUUGCGCCCAACGGUCGCGAUCUUGUCAGUGGUAGCUUGGACAAGACUAUCAAGAUGUGGGAGCUCACGGCACCCCGGGGCAUGCUUCCUGGAACCGGCGUCAAGGGUGGCAAGUGUGUGCGCACAUUCGAAGGUCACAAAGACUUUGUGUUGAGCGUUUGCUUGACUCCUGAUGGACACUGGGUUAUGAGUGGAUCCAAAGAUCGCGGAGUACAAUUUUGGGAUCCCAACACUGGAGCUGCACAGAUGAUGUUGCAGGGACACAAGAACUCAGUCAUUUCCGUCGCACCCAGCCCUAGCAACAAUCUCUUCGCUACCGGAAGUGGUGACAUGCGAGCAAGAAUCUGGAGGUAUGUGGAAUUCCUGCAAUGAUAGAGAAAACGAGAAACGCUACUGGAGAGAUUUUUGUACAUACGUCAAAAUCUCGGUUUUCCACCAGCCCUCGAAGUAUCAUUGCGCCAUAUAAAACAAAAUAGGUGAAGGAGAGAGAAGAAAAAAAGACAUAAUCUCUAACAUACGGUAAUAGAUACUCGACUUACAAUGGGCGAUGAUUGAGUUGAAGGGAUAGGGUUGAAUGUACGAGAUGAGACAUCUGAUCAGAAAGUUUGGCGCAAUAUGAUUUUUCCCCCCUCUUUUGCUUUCUUUUAUACUGUUUCCCCCUUUUGUUAUUGAAUUCAAAGUUUUGUAUCUGCUUGUUUGUAAUUUGGGUGAUGACAGAUGGAUCGAUCGAACGCCGAAUCGACUUGGGGGAUGGAAGUUGGACGCAUGGAAUAUCGUUGUUAUUGAGUAAACGGAGCGGGGAGGCUAGGUGGUUCUUGAUUCAAUCAUACGCAGAUUUACAAAAUGUAUGUCUUCUUUCAAUAUUUGGUGUGCAUGCCAUAGUAAUUAUUAGGUGGUUGGAUUGU